UAAAUGCUUUCAUAUAGUGACACUACCUGAAAUUUUUACCACUAUUUUGUAAUAUGUAAAAUAUCACAGGAUUUCAAGAGUUUAGAGGCAAUACCAAAGAUGCUUUUGUUGACGAAUCUUCCUCAACUUGGAUAGUUUAUAAUUUUCACCAAGAUGAAUGAAGUGGUUUUAUGAAAAACAUGGCAGUGAGGCCAUACUUGAAUAGAAGUGAGGUUUGGCUGGCUAGUGGGAACUUUCGUGUUGCUUUUAAAUUUCCACUUGAUUUUCAUCCAAGUGCUUUCAUUAAGUGGUAUCCUGGGCACAUGGCGAAAGGGUUACGUAUAAUGGAAGCAAAAAUGGCAAAGUGCGACUGUGUUCUUGAAGUGCAUGAUGCUAGAUUGCCAUAUAGUGGGAGGAAUGAAAAAUUUGUGAAGAAUUUUGGAGGCCGACCUCAUAUUCUUGUUUUAAAUAAAGCAGAUUUGGGUGAAGGAGCAAGAAGAGGGAGUAUUUCCAAGUCUUUGGAAAGAAAAGGAAUUAGACCAGUAUUUUUGAACAGCAAAGACGUUAAACAGAAGCCUAUUAAAAAGAUAGUCCAGCAGGUUCUUGACUCAAUUCAGAUUGCUGAAUAUGAAGGCGUUUUUAGACGCAGGAAUCCGGACCAGGCUUAUCAUUUGCUAGUGUGCGGUUUGCCAAACGUCGGAAAAUCUUCAUUAAUAAACGCAAUUCGAAGAACUUACCUAAGAAAAGGAAAAGCCACGAGAGUAGGCGGUGAUCCUGGUAUGACUAGAUCUGUUAUGCAAAAAAUUCAGAUUUGUGACGAACCAAAAAUGUAUGCACUAGAUUCACCAGGCAUUACAUCUCAUCAAAUCGACACGUUUGAGACGGGAAUGAAAUUGGCUCUUAUUGGUUGUUUUCCAGAUCACAUGAUUGGUCAACAUGUUAUUGCUGAUUACCUUUUAUUCACCUUAAAUAAAUACAAUCAGUUCAGUUAUGUAGAUCUUUAUGAUCUGCCAGACCCGUGCGACGAUGUGGAUAUAGUUCUACGUUAUAUCGCGUGCAAGAUGAAGUACCGAACUGGGGGUGGUUUGCCUGAUUAUAAUGCUGCCGCUGUCAACUUUAUCUCAAUGUACCGAAAAGGCAAAUUAGGAACAUUUUAUCUUGAUCCUUGAGUUGGGCCCUAUACGGGGACCAUAUAGCACACGUUUUUCAUACAACUAAUGGUCGAAAAACGUCGAUAUGGCUAUUCAAUGCAAUUCACAAUUCUUACAUCAAUACCAUGCAUGCUGUGAAUUGAUUCUGCGUCAAUGAAAAUUCUCCAAAGACAUAGUGAACUUUAUCGUCCAACUCGUGCACCGUCAUAGUAGCAAAGUUUGCAACUGAGACAGCUAUAUUAGGGUGCUAAUUUUAUUUGUAAUAUUGAAAAAAAAAUUGACCUACAAAUUACGUAUUAAGAUGGUGUUAUAUCUUUUGUGUUCUGUAGUUGUUCCAAUGUCGGGAAACUUAUUGCAG